AUGCUUAAUUUAAAAACAAAAUAGCAUCCACUUUCAACUUAAAAAAGGCAAUAUUGGACUACAAAAGAAGACAAAUUAUUAUAAAAGGCUUUAAAUUUGCAUAAUUCAAAAUGGAAAACAAUCGCUGAGUAUUAUUUUCAAAGAAAUGGAAGUUAAUUUUCAUAAAGACGGAAAAGAAUUAAACCUCAAGUUUUAAAUAUGGAUUCUUAAUUUAACUUUGAAAGAAAAUUCUGGACUCCAGAAGGGGUUAAAUUUCGAGAAAGUCUUAUAUAAAAGUAUAUGUUUGAAUGGAAACAAUCACAAGUUACUUGGAUGGUAGAACAUCGAAAUAAGUUCAAGAACGUUAUAACAAUCAUUUAGACCCUCUAAUUAAUAAGAAAUCAUGGAGUUAAGAGGAAGAUCUAUAAUUAUGGUCAUUAUAUUAAUAAUUUGGACCAAAAUAGUCAAAUAUUUCUUAAACUCUAUAAGGUAGACCGGAGAAUUCAAAAAAGAAUAGAUAUUAUUGGCACAUUAGAAAUUCUAUGCGAGGAAGAAAACCCAUAUUAUGUUAUUCCUUAAUUGAAAAGAAGUAUUGAAAAAGUUGAUUGA